UCCUCGUCUCUCCAGGAAGAUGAAGAGGUAGAUAUGGAGGCUGUCAACUGGCAGCUGAACAACACCUCAAUGAAUGGGCAUUCAUCUACCCCAACCACAGUUCGCUUUCCCAGCUGGGUGACUUUUGAUGACAAUGAAGUCAGUGUUUCACCGCAGAACCUUUCUCCCUUGAAAACAGACACCCCACCUGCAGAACCACAGACUCCAGAUGUUAACUUUAACCUCACUACAUCCUUUAAGAAAAGAGAACGUCCUAAAAGCACAUUAGGUGACCUCUCCAAAAUUCAAAAACUAGAUCUCUCCUCCUUAACCAAGUUGCCUUCACCACCAUGGAGUGCUACUAAUCCCUUCCUGGAUGAAUCUCUGCGAGAUGUCCAACCCUCACCCAUCAAUCCAUUCAGCUCAUUCUUUGAGGAGCGAGACAGGCGUUCCAAAAGUUCUUCUGUCUCCAGUGCUCCAGGCAAAAGCCAAAGAGACUCUCUCAUUGUUCUCCAUCAAGAGCCUGAUACCAUCAGUUUCCAUGAGGCAGACAAAAGUGUAACCCACACAGAUGCUGUAGAGCAGCUCAAGCAACUCCAGAUUGGAGACCCAGAUCGUGUGAGCAGCCCUACCUUGCCUGAUGAUGACCCCAUGAUGCCAUAUGAUCUGGAUGCAGCCUUAUUUAACCUGGCACCAGCUCAGCCAAAGGAUGGAUGGCCAAUGAUGCUCAGGAUCCCAGAGAAGAAGAAUAUUAUGUCAUCCAGGCACUGGGGACCAAUAUACGUCAAGCUGACUGACAGUGGAUGUAUACAGCUUUUUUAUGAGAAAGGACUGGAGAAGCCUUUCCGGGAAUUCAAACUUGAAAUCAAUCAUGAGAUUUCAGAGCGCAAACUCCAGAACUAUGAUGAGAAUGGAAGGAUACACAGUGUGCGGUUGGACCGCACAACCUACAAGGAGAAAAAGAAGUAUCAGCCUAAGCCAGCCAUUGCUCACACAGCAGAGAGAGAGCAAAUUAUCAAGCUUGGGACUACAGAUUAUGAAGACUUCCUUAGCUUCAUCAGUGCUGUGCAAGACACAUUGAUGAGCUUGCCAGCCUCAUCAACAGAUCUGAGCACAGUGGGACUAAACUAUCAAGAAGAAGAAAUCACGGUUGAUGUCAGGGAUGAGUUUCAUGGCAUCUUGGCCAAAGGAGACAGUGUGAUUCUCCAGCACAGUGUGCUGACCCAUAUCUAUGUUCUCAGCUUCCUUUCUGGCCUGGCAGAAUGCAGACUGGGCCUUAACGAUAUCCUGGUCAAAGGGAAUGAAAUAGUUGCAAGGCAGGAUAUUAUGCCCACUACUACCACUAAGUGGAUUAAAUUAUACAGCUGUCGGUUCCAUUCAUGUGUGGAUGAGGACAUGUUUAAUAACUCCCGUAUUAUCCUGUUCAACCCCUUGGAUGCCUGCCGGUUUGAACUGAUGCGAUUCAGAACUGUCUUUGCUGAGAAAACUUUGCCUUUUACUCUGAGGACAGCUGCCAGCAUCAAUGGUGCUGAGGUGGAGGUGCAGAGCUGGCUGAUGAUGUCCACCGGGUUCUCUUCCAACCGUGACCCUUUAACUCAGGUCCCGUGUGAAAAUGUGAUGAUCCGCUACCCAGUGCCAAACGAGUGGGUGAAGAACUUCCGCAGGGAGAGCGUCCUGGGGGAGAAAUCUUUGAAAGCCAAGGUGAACAAGGGGGCCACUUUUGGAUCAACCAGUCUGUCUGGUUCUGAGCCAGUAAUGAGAGUAACUUUGGGAACUGCCAAAUAUGAGCAUGCCUUUAAUUCCAUCGUGUGGAGGAUAAAUCGACUGCCUGACAAAAAUUCAGCUUCUGGCCAUCCUCACUGCUUCUUCUGUCACCUAGAGCUUGGCUCUGACCGGGAAGUGCCUUCCAGUUUUGUCCGCUAUGUAGAUGUGGAAUUUGACAUGCCCACCACUUCUGCAUCCAAAGCCACUGUACGGUCCAUCUCUGUUGAGGACAAGACCGACGUGAGGAAGUGGGUCAACUAUUCAGCACACUACAGUUACAAGGUCGAAAUAGAGCAGAAAAAAAGCUUGAAUGACGAUCUGAAGGGAGAAGAUACUGCAAAUGUCAAUGAAUGUGCUACGCAGUGA